AUGAAUAAUUCUACAAACACUGUGAGUGAAAAUACAGUGUUGGAAAGUGGGUAUGACUUAUCAGUAUAUGGUUUGGCUAAUGGUGUAUUCUAUUACCUCCAUAUUCCCGCGCUUUUCUGUAUUUCUUGUAGUUUUUGCUGUGUUGUCAUUUCAUUGAUUUUGUCAUUCCGACACGAGAAUUAUAGGACUUUCUUCUCUUGGACUAAGAGCGAACGUUUUAUAGUAUACUUGGCACUUUGCGAUGGUGGAUUUAACAUUUCUCAUAGUAUGGAUCAUUUGCAGUACGUCAUUACAAAAUAUCACAUACGACCUAAAGAGCUGUGUGAAUUCUAUGGCUUUCUGUUGGCUGAAUUCAUAUCAGCACAGAACUUGAUGGUGAAUGUGGUUGCAACAAAUGCAUUUACUCUGACGGUUUUCAAAAAGAAUAUAGAUUUCGGCAAAUACGACUGGAGACUUUUGGCCUGGACAUUCGGACUCCCGUUUGUUGGAGCAACAGCUGCUGCUGUCACUGGACAACUUGGACCCACAGGAUCGUUUUGCCUUUUUGAUGGCGUCAGAGGGGGAACAGCAAAUAUCUUUUUCACAACAGUUCCACUUAUACUAAUCCUUAUAAUGAACAGCAUCAUGUAUGCAAUAACAUGGAAACGCAUCAGGCAAGAAACAAUUUCUUUAAACCUAAAUUUACAGAACCGGAAUAUAUCAAACAGAUCUCAUCGUGCCGCGAAAAAUAUGUCGAUGUUUGUCGUUGCCUUCUUCAUACAGUGGUUUCCAAUUACUUUAUUCGGAAUUUGGCAACUACUAGGUGGGGAUAUGCCACUAGCAUUGUUUCACACCGUCACAAUAUUUUCAAACAUUGGAGGAUGUUUGAAUCUUGGUAUUUACAUAAUCAUCAGACGUAGGGAUCGACGGGGCAGACAUGAGGUCGGCAUGGACAGACAACCGGACUCCAAUGAAAUGAACGUGUCAACUAACAGUCUAGAUGUACCAAAGAUAAACUAA